AUGCCUCUUAUCGCACAGAACCCCCAGCCGAGAGUGAUUCUCGGAUUGAUGACCUUUGGCCCAACCGAGGCCAAGGGUGCUCGGAUCACUUCGUUGGAUGAGUACAAUAAAUGCCUUGAUUACUUUCAGCAGCAAGGGUUCAAUGAAGUCGACACCGCCCGUGUCUAUAUCGGCGGAGAACAGGAAGCAUUCACAGCCAAGGCGAAUUGGAAAGAGCGUGGACUAACUCUGGCCACGAAAUGGUACCCGCUUGAGCUCGGUGCCCACAAGCCAGACGUCAUCCGUGGGCAACUGGAGCUUUCUCUCAAGGAGUUGCAGACCGACACAGUCGAUAUCUUCUAUCUGCAUGCAGCAGAUCGCGCCACUCCAUUCGCUGAAACUCUCCAGGCUGUUAACGAGCUGCACAAGGAGGGGAAGUUUGUACAGCUUGGUCUCAGCAACUUUACAGCCUUUGAAGUGGCGGAGAUUUCCAUCCUUUGUGCUGAGAGGGGAUGGGUCCGUCCCACCAUUUACCAGGCCAUGUAUAACGCCAUUACACGCAACAUCGAGACUGAACUCGUCCCUGCCUGUCACCGGUACGGUCUCGAUAUCGUCAUCUACAACCCGCUGGCCGGUGGUCUUUUCUCCGGAAAAUACAAGUCACAAGAUAUCCCCGCCGAAGGCAGAUACAGCGACUCGAAUUCUACCGGACAAAAUUAUCGCAAACGUUACUUCAGAGAUGCCACCUUCGAGGCUCUGAGUAUCAUUGAGCCUGUCGUAGAGAAACAUGGUCUCACACUUCUGGAGACGGCUCUGCGCUGGGUCCGCCAUCACUCUGCUUUGAGAAUCGACCAUGGCGGUCGCGAUGGAGUCCUGGUGGGAGUCAGCAGCUUCUCACAGCUUGAAACUAAUCUUGCUGAUCUUCAGAAGGGCCCGCUCCCAGAAGAGGUCGUGCAGGCUUUGGAUCAGGCUUGGCUGGUUGCCAAAGCCAAUUCUCCCAAUUACUGGCACCUUGAUCUGAAGUAUACUUAUGAUACUCAGAAGGCGAUAUUUGGGCCCAAGGAUGAAAACACAUGGCAAUUCGAGGAAUUUAAAGUUAUCCAAUAUGGCCCAACAUUUCUAUCAUACUUGGGACAUCAGGCACCUUCCCCUGCCAUCGCCGUUGUGGCUUCUGAUAACAUCGAGCUCUCUGAGCCCCGGGUUACCUCAACCCUAGACAGAGUCCACGACUUCGACUCUGACGACGAGAUGGUUGUCAAUCGCCCCCCAUUACACCGACCAACAGAUGGCCGCUCGCAACAACCUCUUCUCAAAGAUGACCGCCAUCGCCGGUCCCACUCCCACUCGAGCCUCGGGAAUGCCGAUGCCGAAGGCCGCCCUAUGCUGCAUGAAACCAGAAGGCCGACGAUCCGGAGUAAAAGUCCGGAACGCGACGCUGCCAAAGCAACACGCAAGAAAUACCUCGUUGCAUCGGGAUUCCUCCUGCUCAGUUUAAUUAGCUUCGUGGUCCAAACGGAGACCGCUUCAUACAUUCAAAAUGAAUUGCAUUGGAAGAAGCCCUAUUGCAUGCUCUAUAUGACUCACGGGUCAUGGUCCUUGCUCUGGCUGGUCCAGCUAGGUAUCCUUCGGUUACAGAAACGGAAACUCACGUGGGAUGCUUUCUGGCGGCGCCACGUCUUUUUCCUUCGCACCACGGCGCAGAUGGUAGAAUCCCAAGAAGUACAUCUAAGCACUCGCUCGUCCAAUCGAUCUCCGGUCCCCUAUAUGCUGAAGACCACCGCCUUUGUAACUACCGCUCUCACGGUCGCUGGAGGAUCAUGGUACGUGGCAGUCAACAUGACCACCCCCAGCGACCUCACGGCAAUUUACAACUGCUCGGCAUUCUUCGCGUAUGCUUUUUCGAUUCCGUUAUUGAAAGAAAAGCUGCGGGUUGACAAGGUCUUUUCCGUGGCCGUCGCUACCAUCGGCGUUAUGGUUGUUGCCUAUGGGGAUGGGCCUAAUAAGAAGGUCUCAAAAGGAGACUCGGAUAACACCGGAGGGCAGAACAGAUUGCUCGGAAAUAUCGUCAUCGGCGUUGGAAGCAUUCUGUAUGGGCUUUACGAGGUGCUCUAUAAACGCUUUGCCUGCCCUCCGGAAGGUACCAGCCCUGGCCGAGGUACAAUCUUUGCCAAUACUUUUGGCAGUCUAAUCGGGGUUUUCACCCUGUUAGUACUAUGGAUCCCAUUGCCAUUUUUACACUGGACGGGAUGGGAGACAUUUGAGUGGCCGACUGGUGAGGCAGCAUGGAUGCUGCUCAUCUCCGUGGGUGCUAAUGCUACCUUCUCGGGCUCCUUCCUUGUGCUCAUCUCCCUCACGUCUCCCGUUCUGUCAUCGGUAGCCGCUCUCCUUACCAUUUUCCUCGUCGCUCUGGUGGACUGGUUCCGAACUGGAGACUCACUUUCUAUGGCCUCUAUCAUCGGAGGCUUUUUGAUUACGGUGGCAUUUUUCAUGUUGAGCUACAGCACGUAUAGAGAGAUGAACGAGGAGCGAAAGAAGCAUCUCGAGAACGAUGAGCUCGAGGUUGCCCCAGAUUAUGUGAAUUCCAUGGUUCAGCCUCCGAACCAGUCUGACUGCUGUGACAUCUUCGAUUCAAAGCCAGGAUCUGCCGUUGCCGCCCCAAUUGAUUUCACGACGAUCAGCCCCCCCACCCACGACCCCCCCAACCCCCCCGUCAAAGCCGCCAUUGUUAUUGGAUUAGACAAAGAAAGUGGUCCACCGAACGCUAGGGGGUGA